GGAACCUGGAGCGGCGGCGCGGGGCAGCGGUCGGCUGCUCCUCAGCACUUACCUUUCCCCAGAGGGGGCCCACGUGUCUCCCUGCAGGCCUGCUGUUCCCAUGGAUGUCUCCCAGGAGCCAGUGACCUUCGAGGAGGUGGCCAUACAUUUCUCAAGGGAAGAGUGGCAGUGUCUGAACCCCAGCCAGAGGGCCCUCUACCGGGAUGUGAUGCUGGACAAUUUUGGGAGCUUGGCCGCACUGGGAUUUCUUGGCCCCAGACCAGACCUCGUCUCUCGCCUGGAACAGUGGGAUGAGCCGUGGGUUGAGGAGCAGGAGAGACCCGAGUUUCAGGAAGCACGGAGGGGUCCCCAUUGUCCCACUUCUCAGCUCUCAGAUUCUCUCAGAAGUGAGAUCAAGCAGAUGUGUGAGAAUGAGACACUCUGGGAAGACACUGGGUUGUGUGGAGCCCCAGGAUGGAGAGGGUCUUGGGUACCUGGCUGGAGGGGAGCUUAUGGCCUGGAGGGAGCAAGGAAGUCCCUUUAUCAGAAGAGACACCGUAAUCAGCCGUUGGCAACUCACGAGGAAAUGCACGAGCCUGAGAGAGCCAAGGCAGGCGCUGGCUUCAGGAAGAGCUUCCUUCUGAACUUGGAUGACGUACAGUGUCCCGGUGUGGCGGCUCUGCAGCGUGGGGUGUGUGGGGCGUGUGGGUUGUGCUGCAGGCGGCAGCCAGGCCUCUGUGAGCACCGGGAGCGUCCCGCCGAGGAGCAGCCAUUUAUCUGUGACACGUGUGGGAAAGUCCUGAGCUGUCACAGCCGGCUCGCUGCUCACCAGACCGUCCACACGGGAACCAAGUCCUUCGUGUGUUUUGAAUGCGGCCAGACCUUCAGGUGGGUCUCCAACCUUGUGCGACACCAGAGAAACCACACCAGCGAGAAGCCCUUCAGCUGUGAGGUGUGCGGACAGGCCUUCAGCCUGAAGGACCGCCUCGCCCAGCAUCGCAAGGUCCACACGGAGCACAAACCCUACCCGUGUGCGGACUGUGGGAAGGCCUUCAAGCAGAAGUCGAACCUUCUCCGGCAUCAGCUGGUGCACAGCGGGGAGAGGCCUUUCUGCUGCGCGGACUGCGGGAAGGCCUUCCGCACCAAGGAGAACCUCACCCACCACCAGAGGAUCCACAGCGGGGAGAAGCCCUACAUGUGCGCCCAGUGCGGCAAGGCCUUCCGGUGGCCCAAGGGCUUCAGCAUCCACCAGAGACUGCACCUGACCAGGAGGGCCUACGAGUGCGAGCGCUGCGGGAAAGGCUUCCGCCACCUGGGCUUCUUCACACGGCAUCAGAGAACCCACGGGAGGGGGGAGGUGUAGGAGCGCCCACGGCGCAUGUCUGCGUCUGUGGGCCCUGCAGGAGGCUGUCAGUUCUGACUUAACAAGGCGGGAAGAAGCCGUCUAGGUCCUGGCCUCUCAGGAAAGCCACAGUCAGAGCUCCAGCUCUCCCGAGCAGCUCCCCGGGAACACUGCCUGGAGAAGCGGGUCU